AUGGCAUUUUCACUGUACGCGAACCUAAAUCAAGCAUUGGAACGUACACGUGAUUAUAUCUAUCACUUUUGCUCUACCAACACAGCCAAUCUCAGUUACGACACAACCAAACUUCCUUCAUUCUUAGAUUCUUUAACAUCCAGAGCAGGCGGAGCAAACCACGUCGAGUUUUACAGUGGUACCUCGGAUGAUAUUUAUGGUCUCUUCCUUUGCAGAGGCGAUGUUGAUCCCCGUAACUGUCAGACCUGUGUCACCAAAGCGAGAGAAGAGAUUAUAGGACAAUGCCUCUCGAAUAAAGCAGCGAUUAUAUCGUACGACAUGUGCAUGUUACGCUACUGUGAUAUCAAUUUUUUCGGUCGUAAAGAAACACUCCCAAGGGUGUUCAUGUGGAACAUUAAUGGAAAUUCAACCUUGGGAUCACCGGAUCCGGAGAAUUCCGGCAUGUGA